ACUGUGAUGUAAAGUCCUCCUUCUCCGCCUCAGUUGGUCGAGUCGGGGUGGACUGCACAGCGCAGGAGGGACUGCUGCUCACAUGCGCGUCACCUCGGUGCGGUACUGCAAGAGGACGAUACCUUCUUCUUCUUCUUGUUUUUGGAGGUGGCACGCUCAUGUGAAGAGGUGACGGAGCUUCAGGAGCAUCGGUCACGGACAUGGGUCACAUUGAUGGUGCCACUCUACUAGCGUUUGGCGCCGCCGUGUGUGCGGCUCUGCUGUGCAACUCUGGUGCCAGCUUCAUCAGGACCGCACACGGGAUGGACGCAUCACACGAGUGUCCCGACAACAAAAUCCUAACCGUGGAGUAUCCCUGCGUCCGAGCUGGAGGGAAGAGCAGUAAAUGCUUCAGGAGGAAAUGCUGUGAAGGCUUCAGGUUUGUUAUGGGCCAAUGCAUACCUGAAAGCGUGGACGUGUGCGCCGCGUCACCAUGCGAGCAGCAGUGCACCGACAACUUCGGACGGGUGGUGUGCACGUGCUAUCCGGGUUAUCGCUUCGACCGAGAGAGACACCGCAACCACAAAUCACCUUAUUGUCUGGACAUUGACGAGUGCGAGGAGUCAGGCGGUGACGUGUGCGAGCACGAGUGCAUCAACACGGGCGGCAGCUUCCUGUGUCGAUGCCACAGUGGAUACAUUCUGUCUCCAGACCGGCAUUCCUGCAUCGCUGUGCACAACUUGAGUUCAACAGGGAAGUCUGACACGCUGAUGAGUGCAGGCACCUGCUCCUUUACCUGCCAGGACUUCGUCAACAUGAAAAGCAGUCUGCUGCAAAUAAAACUGCGGCUGGCCAAUCCGCAGGUUCCUGACCUCCUGGCCAGCCGCAAUGACAAACCUCUUGGGAGGCCGGGAAAAAUACCUGACAGCUCGUGUCGUCCUGGUUUACCCGGACCUCCAGGACCUCCUGGGGUCCCAGGUCACCCAGGGGAGCCAGGAGCUAGAGGGGAACCAGGCGGGGGAGGCCCCCCAGGGCCUCGGGGGCUCCGGGGGGACAUUGGGCCCAUGGCCCCGGAGCCUGAUCUGAGGCACAUCAAAAGAGGCCGCAGAGGACCAGUGGGACCACCCGGGGCCCCCGGAAGAGACGGCUCAAAGGGUGCUAGAGGAGCCGAUGGUCCCAGUGGUCCCCCUGGACCUCCCGGCUCUUUCGACUUCCUGCUGCUGAUGAUGGCCGACAUCCGCAACGACAUCAUCGAGCUGCAGGAGAAGGUGUUCGGAGAGAAGAGGGGCAUCUCGCUGGACUCUUCUCCCUCCAGCGGGGAGCCCGACGUUGCCGAGUGGGGGUCCGGCCAGGGGGACCUCAUGUUCAGCACCUGAACCUUUUGGAACACUUCUGGUGACAUUCGUUAAAAAACACACAAAAACAUUUCGGAAGGACACAAAGGACUUGAAAGGACAAGCAUGUCUUCCUCUUCCUGAUCUCCUCUUCACCUGCUGCAGGCAAUCAUGGAAACAAGGAAGCUCCCUUGGAAUUAGAAUUGUUUAUUGUCAUUGCACAGUGGUAUGUGUGUGUGUGUGUGUGCGUGUGAGUGUGUGUGGGCGGGGGAGAAUAAAGUCAUAUUUUCAGUAUCUGAUUUGUUCAAUUAAAAAAAAAAAGCCAUAAUGUUACGAGCAAAAUAUGUAACUGAGAAAAGAGCAGGUCUCUUUUUCAAGAACAACAAAUAAACAAAAAAAGGUUCCUUGUACUAGGAAAAAAAUAAAAGUCACUGUUUCGUGUGAAAACUCAUUUUAAAAAGAAAAACAAUAUUAGGAGACUCAAAUCAUAUUAAAAAAUAAAGUGUUAAUACAAAAGUAAAAUUAUUUUUUAGAGAAAAAAAAGUUAAAGACAUAAUUAUAUGUGAAGGAAAUAGUAUUUCUACAGGAAUAAAGUAUUUUUACAG